AGCCGUUCAGAGGGCCCCGCGCUUGGACGGCCGCCGGGAUGGGGGCUUGGGCCCUGCUGCUGCCGCUGCUCGUGGCCACGGCCCAGGCCCAGGCCCAGGCCCAGGUCUGCUCUGUGAACAGGACCACCUUCGAAGUCCAGGAGAACACGAACCGGAGCGAGCCCCUGGCUGACAUCUAUGUCCCUGAAGACCAGAAGGUGACCCUCGGACCCUCAUCCACCCCCUCGGCGUUUCGGAUCCAGGGGACUCAGCUGUUCCUCACCAUGAUUCCUGACUAUGAGAGCCACACGGUACUGCAGGCACACCUGGAGUGCAGAAGAGGUGACACUGUGGUGACUCAGCUGCGGGUGUUUGUGUCUGUGUUGGACAUCAAUGACAAUGAGCCCAAGUUCCCCUUCAUGACCAAGGUUGAGAACGUAUCUGAGGACACUAAAGUGAACACCAUUGUCAUCCCUGACACUGAACUGAAGGCCCAGGAUCCCGACAAGAAUGACAUCCUGUUCUAUGCCCUCCAGGAGGUGACCCCGGGCGCCAGUAACUUCUUCUCCUUGGUGGGUGCCAACCGCCCUGCCCUGCGACUGGACCAGACACUGGACUUCGACAGGUGGCGGAACAUGACCUUCCAGCUGCUGGUGCGGGACACGCAGGAGCAGAACGUGAAGCCCAGCCACACGGCCACGGCCACCUUGGUCCUGGAGGUGCAGCCUGCUGACCUUCGGCCCCCCUGGUUCCUGCCCUGUGCCUAUUCAGACUCUUAUGUCUGCCUCCAAGCCCAGUACCACGGGACUGUCCCCACAGGGCACAAACUGCCGGACCCCCUCAUCCUACGUCCGGGACCCAUCUAUGCCGUGGACGGGGACCGGGGCAUCAACCAGCGCGUCCUCUACAGCAUCGUGAGCGAACAAGACGACGGCACGUUUGUCAUGGACGCUGACUCGGGCAACCUCACCAUGAGCAGGGCUGUCCCCAGCCCAAAGGUCUUCACUCUGCUGGUCAAGGGUGAGCAGGCGGACCACGCCCGCUAUUCGGUGACCCAGGUCACCAUCGAGGCCCGGAAUGCCAACGGGAGCCUGCUCCACUUCCCCGAGAGCCAGUACCGCGGCACUGUGGCCCUCGGCUCUGGCGCCGGCAUCCCGGUCAGGGAUGCGGCCUCCCCCUCCCAGCCUCUGAGGAUCUGGGCCUGGGACCCUGACUUUCCGGGCCUCAACUCUGCCAUCACCUACCGUAUCACGAAUAACACCAACUUCCGGAUGGAUGGCAAGACCGUGGUGACCGCUGCCCUGCUGGCAGACGAGGGGGUCUUCUACGCAGAGGUUGAGGCCAAGAACACGGUGACCGAAAAUGUAGCGAGCGCAGUGGUGGAAAUACAGGUCCUAGAGCAGGAGGCGCCUGCCCCCACAGGUCCCCCCACAGGCCCCCCAGCGCCCCCCACAUCCCCAGAAGCUGGAGGAGCAGCGAGCAGAGCCACCACUUCGGAAGCCCCCAGGCCCCCCGGGCCCUCUCAGGGGCCCUCCACGACCAGCUCUGGGUGGGGCACGAGCCCACACCCUCCCUCAGGCACAACUCUGAGGCCCCCCGCCUCAUCUACGCCUGGGAGGUCCCCCACUGUGGGAACCGGCACCUCCCUCUCACCAGCCUCACCCAGCGGGGGCUCAACACAGACGCUGAAGCCAGGAACCUCUCAGCCGAUGUCCCCCGGGCCCAGCGGGCCCCCCCAGCCCUCAGCAGGGACACCAGGGUCUGGAGGAGGCGGCACGGCAGGGGACGGCGGGCCAGGCGGCAGCCACGCUGAGGACCAGCGCUUCUCCACCGUGGAGAUGGCGGCCCUGGGCGGGGUGCUGGGCGCGCUGCUGGUUCUGGCUCUGAUCGCCCUCCUGAUCCUCGUCCAUAAGCAUUAUGGCCACUGGUUCAAGUGCUGCUCUGGUAAAGCUCAGGAGCCCCUGAUCUCCAGCUUUGACAACCAGGCUUUCUGUGCCACUCAAGAUGCCAACUGGGCGCCAGCUCCCAGCCCCUCACCUGCCCCCAGCCCGGCUGUGGCCUCGGAGCCCGAACCCCCAGAGCUCCCCAGCAUCAGAUCCUUGGACUCUGCCUCAGAGUCCCCUGAGGUGGCCCGGGAUGGGGGCAGUCCCGCGGCCGUGAGGUCCAUCCUGACCAAGGAGCGGCGGCCCGAGGGCGGCUACAAGGCUGUGUGGUUUGGGGAGGACAUCGGGGCCGAGGCUGACGUGGUGGUCCUCAACAUGCCCGCCGCAGACGCGGCCGGUGCCGUGGACUCUGGCAGUGAGGACAGCGACGAGGCCGAGGGCCCGGGCGGGGGUCCCUCUGACGCUAGCUCCACCUGUGUCUAGCUGGGCCCGCCUCCCCUGCCGGCCCACCUCGAGGUGGGCUGGGCUGCUCCAUCGCCCCACUGCACCAAGCACAAUAAAGCGACCAUUUCCAAGCA